AUGGACACCUGGAAGAAAUCAGCAGCGGACAUUUCUGAAGGAGAGAGACCAGACUCUCCUUCUGACAGCAGGAAGAGUCCUUCAGUGGAACCAGACCCUGAGACUUCCAAAUCAGCAGGACGACAUCACUGCUCUCAGUGUGGAAAGAGUUGUACUCAGUUAAGGAGCCUGAAAACACACAAUAUAAUACACACAGAAGAGAAGCCUUACCACUGCUCCUUGUGCGGAAAGAGUUUUAGUUGUACCCAGUUAGGGAGCCUGAAGGAGCACGAGAGAAUACACACAGGAGAAAAGCCUUACCAAUGUUCCCAUUGUGGAAAGCAUUUUGCCCAGUUAGGAAACCUGAACCAGCAUGAGAGAACACACACAGGUAAGAAGAUGUACCGCUGCUCCCAGUGUGGAAAGAGAUUUACUCGGUUAAGGUACCUGAAAGAGCAUGAAAGAAUACAUACAAAUACACAGGAGGAGAAGACAUACCACUGCUCUCAUUGUGGAAAGACAUUUUCCCAGUCAAAGUACCUGAAAACAUAUGAGAGAAUAGAGAGGCUGUGUUCUGACUUGUGUUUUUGA